AUGACCAAAGUCAAAAACAUCGGUCAAGAAAUCUCUGAAAUCCAAAACAUCGGCCGAGAUAUAACCAAAGUCAAAAACAUCGGUCAAGAUAUCUCCAAAAUCAAAGACAUCAGUUGGCAUCAAAAACAUCGGUUGGCAUCAAAGACAUCAGUCGGCAUCAAAAACAUCGGUCAACAUCAAAAACAUCGGUCAGCAUCAAAAACACUGGUGAACAUCAAAAACACCGGUGAACAUCAAAAACAUUGGUCAGCAUCAAAGGCAUCAGUCAGCAUCAAAGGCAUCGGCCGACAUCAAAGACAUCGGUCGGCAUCAAAAACAUCGGCCGACAUCAAAGACAUCGGUCGGCAUCAAAAACAUCGGCCGACAUCAAAGACAUCGUUUGGCAUCAAAAACAUUGGCCGACAUCAAAGACAUCGUUCGGCAUCAAAAACAUCGGUCAACAUCAAAAACAUCGGUCGGCAUCAAAAACACCGGUGA